CUGCCGAAGCUCAUGCCUCCCCUCCCCAGGCCGCGGACAGGGAAGGGUUAAAGGCCCCCAGCUCCCUGCCCCUGCCCUAGGAACCCCUGGCCCUGUGGGGACAUGAACUGUGUUGGCCGCCUGGUCCUGGUCGUGCUGAGCCUGUGGCCACACAGAGCUGUUGCCCCGGGCCCACCUCCUGGCCCUCCCCGUGCAUCCCCAGACCCUCGGGCGGAGCUGGACAGCACGGUGCUCCUGACCCGCUCGCUCCUGGCGGAUACCCGGCAGCUCACUGCGCAGCUGAAAGACAAGUUCCCCGCCGAAGGGGACCACAACCUGGAUUCGCUGCCCACCCUGGCCAUGAGCGCAGGGGCACUGGGAGCCUUGCAGCUCCCAGGGGUGCUGACCAGGCUGCGAGCCGAUCUGCUUUCCUACCUGCGGCACGUGCAGUGGCUGCGCAGGGCGGGGGUCCCUUCCCUGAAGACCCUGGAGCCGGAGCUGGGCGCCCUGCAGGCCCGGCUGGACCGGCUGCUGCGCCGGCUGCAGCUGCUGAUGUCCCGCCUGGCCCUGCCGCAGACACCGCCAGACCCGCCGGCGCCCCCCCUGGCCCCGCCCGCCUCGGCCUGGGGCGGCAUCAGGGCUGCCCACGCCAUCCUUGGAGGGCUGCACCUGACCCUGGACUGGGCCGUGCGAGGGCUGCUGCUGCUCAAGACCCGGCUGUGACCUGGGCCCGGGGCCACAUCGUGCUUCGAAGCCAGAUCUUAUUUAUUUAUUUAUUUUGGCACUGGGGGGUGGUGGUGGCGGGGGUCACCCCCCAUUACCUCUCCCCAGGUGGAGUCCCUGCAGGAGACCUGGGCGAGGGGACUGUGCCUUAUUUAUACUUAUUUAUUGAAGGGGAAUGGGGUGGGAGGAGGAGGCCCCGGGAUCCUAGGAUCUUGGGUCUCUGAUAGUUUGUCCACAGUUAUCUUCCCGGCCCCCACCCCUCUGGGCCUGGGGGUGGGGCGUGGGGAAGCAUAUUUUAUUUAUUAAACAAUUACUUUUCCAUGUUGGGGUGGGGCGGGAAGGGCAAAGCCAGCCUGGGUGUUGUACGUGUAUGUGAGGGACCUCAGAGAAGGGGGAAUUGAAUUUGUCCUACACGUCGUCCACCUGCGGGUGGCUUCUCUGAGGGCAGAGGAGACUGGCUGGGGACCAGCGAGCUCUGCGUGGCUGUCAGAGGUCGCCGGUCAGUGUUUAGAGGUUCCAGGUGGUCACCGCUGACCAACAGCUCCUCUGCGGGGCUCAGCUGCCGGCUCACGCUCACGAUGACCGCGCACGGGAAGCAGCCUCCGGCCAGCCAGAGGGGAGGCCGCUGGGGACACGCAGGUGUCCGCUUCGAGAGCCACCCCUGGGCUCCUCCUCCUGCGAUGAGGGCCCAGGAGGAGCUGCCCUCGGGGAGCGGGGUCGGGGCUGACUGCUGUCGCGUGUGCUUGUCUGUAUUUUCCAGCAUUCCCACCACUGUGUACUUUGCAUGACACUUACCAAAAAAAAUAAAUAA